CUUUUUAGAAAAUACUAAUAAAUUAAUUAAUCAGAAAAUACGUUUCAAAAAUACUGAGUAUUACACAAGGGGUAUCUCAAAACAAUUGAAUUGAGUUGAUUCAAGUUCCCCCUCGCUUUAGGCCUUUUGCAUAAUGAUGAUGUAGCAAGUGUCACUUUGCCACGUUUUGUUCCUCCUUAAUUUGUUUUAUGUUUUUUUUUUCUUAAUUUGUUUUAUGUUUUUUUUUUUCUAGGACUUAGCCCCUGGUGUGCACCAAAAAAAUUGUAAGCAACUUAAAUCUUAGUAGGUGCUUUGCAUAAAAUACAAGUAAAAUCUGUACUAUAUAUUAAAAAGCGUUUUUAAAAACGCUUAUGUGCCAUAUGACAUCCUCCUAUACUAAACUCGCCGCCACAUCAUCAUCUUUCAACUAAUAAACUCAAAAAUGCUUAGCAUAAGGUUUGAACUCAAGACCACCAAGAUGUGAUUAAUCAUGUUUUAUAUAUGGAUUGGAGAGCAUUUGAUUACUAGCUACUAUUUUUUUAAAUCAAUUCUAUUAUUUGCUAAUACUCAUUGAGAUAAUAAAAGCAAGACAGGUAAAUUGUUGUUCUAAAAUAACUUUAGUUGUUUAAUUAUUUUGAUAAUUGUGUCUUUGUUUUCAAAAUACCAAUAUAAAUAUAGUGUGUUAUGAAUAGUUAGUCAAUAGUUGUUGCAGUACUUAAAGCAUAACACAAAUAGACAUAAAACCACAACAAAGAUAAGGAUCAGAUGAAAGAAAAUACUCAAAAUCAUACAAUUCACAAUCAAUCAAACUGGAGCAAAAUUCAUUCAAAACCAUAAGUUUUAUUGAAAAAAAAAAAAAAGAAUGAAUGUGCUUAUAUAAUUAGAAAUGUUCAAAUAAACAACCUGGCCAAGGUACACACUAGUUUAUUAUAAAAAUAAUGUUUUAAGUGUUAUUAAUGCCUAUCUUUCACCAAAAAAAAAAAAUUAAUGCCCAUCUAAAAUCACCCCCGCCCUUUUUUCAUCCUGUCUUAAUGUGUAACUAUUGGUCUGUUUUCUUAUGCUUAGCAUACAAUUACAUAGAGCAAUUAAAAAAACUUUAUACAAAUGGAGGUUUUUUAAGAAAUAUAAACGUACUCCAUAUCAUCUAAUGUGAACUAUUUGCUCAAAUAAUUUUAACUCCUAUUACACGGCAAUACCGUACAAAAUAGAGGGAAUAUUGACUUUUGACUACUAUCAUAAAUUCAUUUUUGUUGUCAAUAUAAUUAAUUACAAAAAAGUUCUGCUCGUCCUAAAUUUAGAAAUUAAUCAAUAAGUUAAAUCUUGAAAUAAUAAAAUAAAUUACUCCGUAAUAAAUAAAUAAACAAGUUAAACUUUGAAAGAAUUUAAUGCCGGUCUUAAAUUUAGAAAUUAAAAAAUAAGUUAAAUCUUGAAUAAUAAAAAUAUAUAAAACAAGUAAAUUUUGAAAGAAUUUAAUUAGAGAAAAUAAAAAUAAUAGAAGAGAAGAAAAAAAAAAAAAAAACAAAAACAACCCACUUGUCAAAAUUACAAGAAUUAAAUUCAUAGCCAAAACAAAUCACAACGAUUUGCAUGGCAAAGAGUGAUCUCUUCCACUAAUCACCCCCCUUAUCUGCCAUCUCAACACAGACUAUGAAGUUUCUCUCUCCUCAGCCCAUUCAUUCAGAGAAAUGCAGCAAGGUAAGAUCUUUUCCAUAACAUAAUCCAUCAAUAAAUAUAGUUUUGCCUCCUAUUUCUACUAAUUUUGGCAAUGCAUCAUCUUUUCUACAAUGGAAACAUCAACCUUCAUAACUACUUACCUUGAUGAUAUCCUUUCCUCUCAGUCUGAUUCUGACAAUUCUAAAUGUAACAAAUCCUCAGAUGGCUAUGCAAUGCUUAUCGCGUCUACAGUUGGAUUAAUGAUUGCUGCAGCUGCUGCAUUGUAUCAUCAACAAAAUCUUAAAAACCAAAAACUUGUCCCUAGGAUCAAGUUUGAUCGCUCCAAGAGGGUGGCAAAGCUCGAGCGAUUUUCCCAUUAUGUAGCAAGGCAGUUAGGAUUCCCUGACAGAAGGCUAUGUCCACAGCUCAACAGAUUGGCAUCUGAUUAUAUACAAAAGAGAGAAGGUUGGGAGGAUACCGUCUACUCCUUUUUCGCCCGUGAUCCAGAUUGUGAUUCACUAUUCAUCAAGCUAGUCGAGGAAUUUGAACGAUGUAUUCUCAGUUACUUCGCCUUUCAUUGGAGUUUUGCAGAAACUUCCCUCAAACAGGUGAUGCAAGGGCCAGACCCAGAACCAAAAAAGAAGCUCAAGAAUAUUUUGCUAGCUGCCUCAAGGGAGAAGAUAAUAGAGAAGGUGACUAAAGACUUGAAGGUAGCUAGGGUAUUUACCACAUUGGUACAAGAAAUGAAAGCAAUUGGACUCGCUCAGCCAAAACCAGAGAUCGAUGAGUCUGAAUGCACAGAUGUGAUGGCACCGGUAGCUUUCAAAGAUAGAAGUCCAGUUCUCCUCUUUAUGGGUGGUGGAAUGGGAGCUGGGAAAAGUACAGUGCUUAAAGACAUCCUCAUUGAACCAUUUUGGCAAGAAGCAUCAGGGCAGGCAGUAGUCAUAGAAGCAGAUGCUUUCAAAGAAACAGACUUAUUUUAUAGAGCCCUUAGCUCACGGGGCCAUCACGACGCAGUCCACACAGCAGAGCUGGUUCACCAAUCAUCUGCAGACGCAGCAGCUUCAGUACUUGUGACAGCACUGAAUGAGGGUCGGGAUGUUAUCAUGGAUGGCACCCUAUCUUGGCUUCCCUUUGUAGUGCAGACAAUAACUAUGGCCAGGAAUGUCCACCGUAAACGAUACCGUAUGGGACCUGGAUACCACGUGGCUAAAGAUGGAACUGUGACAGAAAAUUACUGGGAACAGGUAGAAGACGAACAGGAGGAGCAAACAACCAUUAAAAAAAGAAGGCCAUACCGAAUAGAGUUGGUCGGUGUUGUUUGUGAUGCCUACUUAGCAGUGAUUAGAGGCAUAAGGAGGGCUAUCUUGUGUGGGAGAGGUGUGAGGGUGAGUUCACAGCUAAAGUCACACAAAAGAUUUGCAACUGCAUUUCCAGCAUAUUGCCAACUAGUAGACCAGGCCAGAUUAUAUUGCACAAAUGCUUUGGAGGGUCCACCUAAGUUGAUAGGAUGGAAGGACAGAGACAAAACCCUACUAGUUGAUCCAGAGGAAUUCAAGUGCCUGAAGAUAAUUUCAGAGUUGAACGAGGAAGCAGACAACAUUUAUGAGCUUUACAAGGAUCCAAACCCAGCAUGUCAAGAUGGCUCUAUUUGGAAAGACAUAGUAUCAUCACCUUCAAGGUUAAAUGUGCAACAGGAACUGAAAUACUCAAUCCAAAGAGUUGAAGGGUUGAUAGAUACCAAAAAUAACAGGAGCAGCUUCCGGAAUUUAUGA